CAUUCCCCGAAUACGUGCAGGUUUGUGUCACACAAUUCCUCACUUAGCCCAUCUGAAAACCAUGGCAUGUCAACGCAUGAUCGUCGACUUUCUGUACCACCGCUUGCACUCAUGAAAGCUGAUAGUAUCACCAUCACUUUUCGCACCUGCUGAAAUCCACAACCCCCGCGCGCGCCAUCAAGCACCAUCAUAAAGUUAUAGCCAUUUCAAUUGUCAAGUCUACUUUAUCUUUUAAGGCUAUUUCUAACCUUGAUCAUGAAUUUUAAUGGCGAGCUAUGGCUACAAGCAGCAGCGUUUCUCCUGGGCUUGCUAGUUCAUAGUGUCUACUUUCGCGCUGGAGAACACCACCUCCAUCCGAUUCGGUAUAUCUAUGUCUAUGGUAGCCUGGCAGCUAUAGUUGCGACUCUUUAUUGGCCACAAGGAGUUCCUAUUCUAAGAUCAGGCGUCAAGUCUUUGGGUCUGAUUUCCACACAUCUGCUUGGGCUCUAUUGCAGUCUGUUUUUGUACAGAGCGUUUCUACACCCACUUAGGCGGUUCCCCGGUCCUAUCGCGGCACGAAUGUUCGGAUUCUGGCUUCCAGCCAAGCUUCUUUAUCGGCCUCUUUACCGGGUCCUCGAAGACUUGCACAAUACAUACGGACCCUUUGUGCGCAUAGGGCCAUCCGAGCUCUCCGUCACAAAUCCCGAGGCCGUCAACAUUGUCUACGGGUUUAGGUCCGUUUGCACCAAAAGCCCUUUCUACGAUCUUGGUGCACCAGUGCAAUCGCUACACUCACUACGAAACAAAACAGCUCAUGACCAACGCCGUCGAAUUUGGAGUCUAGGAUUUAGCGACAGGGCCCUUCGAAUGUACGAGAAACGGCUUCGAGUCUACCGGCACAGGCUUAUUGAUCUAUUAACAACGGUAGGCGAGGAUCAGGCCAUCAAUAUCAGCCAGUAUCUCAACUGGUACAGCUACGAUGUGAUGAGCGAUCUGGCUUUCAGCAGGACUUUUGGCAUGCUGGAAGCAAGUGCCAAUCACUGGGCGAUCCAAAUUCUAAAUGGCAUGCUCAAACCAUUGGAAUUUUCUGUGCCGAUUUGGGCGCUUCGGCUGUUGGGAUCCAUACCGGGAAUGAAUAAGGACGCUUUACAAUACCAGGAAUUUAGCCAACGGCGCCUGAAAACGAGAAUGGAGGAAACGCCUGAAAUACCUGAUAUCAGCUCAUCGCUCCUCGAGGAUUUGCAAGGAAGAGCCCCUACCACCCAAGAAUACUAUCAUUUGCUUGGAGAUGUUGAAUUGAUAAUUGCAGCCGGAAGUGACACUACCGCGGCAGCCCUGAUCACAGUUGUCUACGAGCUGGCCAGACAUCCGGCACAAGUACAGAAGCUCCGUGCUGAACUUACUUCCUGUCCGGUAGAGCCUAACGGGGAGUAUAUGCACGAGAGGAUUGCAGGCCUGCAACAUCUAAAUGGAUUCAUUAAUGAGGUGCUUCGUCUCCACCCGCCAAUUGGAAGCAUUAUCCCCAGGCAGACACCCCCGGAGGGCAUCGAUAUUGACGGUGUCCACAUACCAGGCAACAUGAUAGUCUCUUGCCCGCAGUGGGUGAUUGGAAGAUCCGACGAAUUCUACUGGAACGCACAUGAUAUUAUCCCCGAACGGUGGUACAAAUAUCCGGACAUGGUCAAACACAAAUCCGUUUAUGCUCCUUUCUCGGUCGGCCCUUACGCCUGUAUCGGCAAAUCACUAGCACUCAUGAACAUGAGAACAACCAUUGCGCGAAUAAUUAUGGCAUUUGACAUGCAAAUGCCACCGGACGACGACGGCACAUUACUCGACAGAAAUAUGAGAGAGCAUUUCUCAAGCUUUGUCGAGGAUAUUCACGUCAUCUUCAAGAAGCGGUCUUAGGCGCCGGUCCUACUGUGGCUGAGCUGGUAUUUACCCCUGCUUGGAUUGGAUUAGUACUGUGCAAGAAAGAUGGCAGCUUGCAGAACCUAUGAGCAGAUCUAGGUUGUACGCGGUUUCAGGCAGAGUUACGUCUGUCAAACAUUUUUUAUAAUUGUGAACCCAAGGUUGGAUACAACGACACCUUUUAGCAGAAAAAAACCCACAGUCCGUGGUUUCCGGGGUUCGGAGUAUUGUUUCACCUGGAAGAUCGUAACUGUGAAACGCCAGA